AUGAAAGGAUCUUAUGGGGAGGAUGCCCCAUUGUAUGACGUAGUCAAGCACUGGCAUCGUCAGUUCAAGUGUGGCCGGACUUCAGUGGAAACAGCUCCCAUUCCUGGGCAACCACAGUCCCCCAUUGAUGAAGACACCAUCCAGCAAGUGGAGGCUGCUGUUUUGGAGGAUCCCUGCAUAACUGUUUGCCUACUAGCUGCAGAUGUCAAGAUCAGUGUGGGACCAGUGCGGAGUAAUGAUGAUAGAUUUCCUGGAAAGGGUAUAACAAUUACUGGGACAUACUACACUUCACUGCUGCAGAAAUUGCGGAAGGCCAUCAAAAUCGAGAGGCAUGAAGUUAUUUUUGGAAGGGCAAGCUUUUCCCAGACGAUAACAAGUCGUGGCUUCUGA